AUGACGGACAAGUGCGUGAAAUGCAGCAAGACGGCAGUGGAUGUCGGAGCCCCUCUCAAGAAAAUCCACAAGAAGGUUUGCGCCACCAACGCCAACACCGGCGCCACCUUCACUACUUCUUCCGCCCGCAACGAGGGAGAACCCCUGGAGGUUCUUAUCGAGAAACCCUUCCACAGACUGAACGACAGGACCUGGCUUCACAACCGGAGCGAGAAGGACGUCCAGAAGCUCCUGAUCGACAUCUACCGCCUCCGCAUGGACGACAUCUUUAAGUUUGACCACAUGGUCGAGAACGAUUCCCUCUACAGCGGUGCACGCGAUGGAACCAAUGGGUUCAAGAACUUCCUGUCUUUGGUCGAGGGCAAGGCUGGAUUGUUGCCGGCGGAUUGGAGUGCUGAAAAGAAGGAGGCUGUUAUUGCGUUUGGACAGGCAGAGCCUGAGAAGCUGUUGUUUCACAAGGCGGAUAAGGAGACGAUCAUCAACCGGUAUGGCAAUGCUCAAAUGCCGAUGCAGAUGCGGUUGUUUGGAGAACAGGUGUAUGGACGUGGUGUGGGUGGACAGGCGGGUGCGCCGAUUAUCCAGUUGCAGAUGCAGACAGAGACUGGGGCUUUGUAUGGCUCGACCAUCAACAUCAACCCGUACCGCUAA